AUGGCUACUGAUAAAGAAAGUUCAGAUUUGAAGGUAUUACAAGCUCAAUACGAAGAGUUCAAACAAGAGUACAGAGCUGUUCAAAACAAAUUGUUUCAAUUACAACAUGAAAAAGAAGAAUAUGAAGUCGUUUUAGAAACACUAAAGAAAGCUGAUCCCAAAAGAAAGUGUUACAGAGCAGUUGGGAAUUCUCUUUUGGAAACUAAUGCUGAGAAAGCCACACCAAUAUUAAAAAAUAGAUGUUUAGAUUUAGAAAAAGCUGUGACAACAUAUAAAGGAGAAUUAAAAACAGCUUUGAAAUCGUUGGAUGAUUGGAAAAAGAAUAAUAAAAUAACAGAUGGUCGUUAA